GGCAAAACGAGUCGAGCCACAGCCGGCCAUACGAAGCGAUCGUAGAUGAGUGUUUCUUUCGUCGAGCCGCGCUUUUUCACUUCCGUACGAGCAUUUUUUUUAUAUCGUCUAUCCUCCUACUCUACGGCUUUUCCAUAGUGUUCGUUAGAUUACGACAAUGUCGUUUUACGAAUUUGAACGAAAAAUCGCUUCUUCCCGCGGUGCUCGCUCGAAUUCGUUGUGAAGUGCGCGUGUGUUUCUCUCUCUCUUUCUCUCUCUUUCUCUUUCUCUCUUUUUCUUUCUUUCUUUCUUUCUUUCUUUCUUUCUCUCUCUCCUUGUUGGUGCACGCGGUUUCUAGUGUAUAUAACUGUGUUCAGUGUUUCAGCACGUGGAUAUUAUCACCCGAUAGAGGAAUGAUGUUCGUUUAAACGAUUUGGAACUGCCUAAAUACGAUCGGAGAUUUUCAAGUGAGAAAAGAAAUAAAAAAAAAAAAAAAAAGAAAAAAGAAAAGAAAAAAACAAAACAAAAAAAAAAGAAGUAAAAAAUAAAAAAUAAACGCAAGAAAAAAGCGUCAAGAGGACAAAAAAACAAUCUUUCAUCAAAGAUGUCUCGCUCAAUUUCGAAUUCGAAUAAAACUCGUUUAUCACGUGUUUCAUAUUAAAACGAGAUAGUCUUGUUACGCUUGAUAACAAUCAAGAGAUAGAAACGAGAGAGGUCAGUCAGCAAGGAUGGAUAAGUAGCGGAAAAUUUUACGAAUGGCAGUAGAGGAGCCGUAUUAUCGUUAAGGAGGACUAAACCUUACGAACAUUGUCGACUAUCAGCGGUGGCGAUGUUCGAAAAGAGUUCCUUCAUUGAGAGAGUUGCUAGAGAAAGGCACGAUAAAUAGUCUUACGUGGGCUAUUAUGACGGAAUACUUGGAUCCACAUUUCAUCCGGGCACUUUGCCGCGAUCCAGAAAGACGAAAUCUUCAGGACUUGCAGAUCAUAUAUUAUGGACUUCUGGGACUCGAAGCAUUACGUCCAUGCAGAGACUCUAUUCUGCGUGGGCUUUGUAAAAUUGUACGCUAUGAGAGACAUAAUGCGAAUCAUGUCCUCUAUUACACCGGUGAAUUGGCAACCAGCUGGUACAUACUGCUCUCAGGUUCUGUGUUUAUCGAUGGAUCCAUGUACCUGCCCUGUUCCAGCUUUGGAAAGCGGACGGGCAGCAGUGCCAGGAGACCCAACGAAUGUUUCGUCUUGGAGCCCUCCGAGAUGAUCGUCAUCGACUAUCCGGAGGUCCAUGGAGGAGGAAGGAUGCAUCGGCCACCGCAUCCACAUCCUAUAACCGACCAUCGUCAGGUCAAUCUGGUCUUCGACGACACGUUUUCGCAAGGCCUGACAGGUAGGCCAGAGCUGUAUCAAAAAUCCAAUAGGAGUAGUCAUUCAAGUGAUACAAGUUCUGCGUACAGUGGCUCAGACACAAUGACAUCUGUACAAAGUUCUUUGGAUGCGGACGCAGACGAGGUUGAUCUUUCUGGUCUUGUUGAGUCUAUAGUAGACAGCGAUGAGGAAGAAGAUUUGGCUGAGAGUAUGGAUAGUUUGAAUGUUCGUGAUGCUGUACGAGAAUGUUUAGAAAAAGAUCCUGUGGAAAGAACAGAAGAAGAUAUAGAGACACUUUUAGAAUUUACACAACAACUAAAGGCCUUCACCAAUAUGACACUGGCUGUAAGAAGAGCGCUGUGCGCUGUCAUGGUAUUUGCAGUGGUUGAACGAGCUGGCAUGGUUGUAUUAAAUGAUGGAGAAGAAUUGGAUAGUUGGAGUGUACUCAUUAACGGUACUGUUGAAAUUGAACACAGUAAUGGCGAGGUGGAACAGCUUCAUCUUGGAGAUAGUUUUGGUAUUUUACCUACCAUGGAUCGACUUCUGCAUCAAGGUGUUAUGAGGACAAAAUGUGACGAUUGCCAAUUCGUGUGUGUCACACAAGCAGAUUAUUUUAGAAUUCAGCAUCAAGGUGAAGAAAAUACGAGAAGACACGAAGAGAAUGGUAGGGUGACAUUAGUUACAGAAUUACGAGGCGCCUUGGAUGGUGGUGUACGCCGGGGUCAUGUAGUGAUUAGAGCAACCCCCGAGCGUUUAAUGUUACAACUUAUCGAAGAAAACAGUAUUACGGAUCCCACUUAUGUGGAAGAUUUUUUAUUAACUCAUCGAACUUUUAUCGAUAGCCCUUUAUUAGUUGCGAGCCAAUUAUUAGAGUGGUUUGACCAAGCUCAGGUCAGAGAUCGUGUUGCGCGUGUUGUAUUACUUUGGGUAAAUAAUCAUUUUACGGAUUUUGAAACGGAUCCAGCUAUGAUGGAAUUUUUAGAAGCCUUUGAAGCUGGAUUGGAAAGAGAAAAAAUGCAGGGUCAACAAAGGUUAUUAAAUAUUGCCUGCGCGGCAAAAGCAAGGACGCGGAAUGUAACAUUAGCAAGGCCUAACAGAGAUGAAAUUCUCCACUUUAGCAUUUUAGGUGGUUAUGAAAGAGGUUUUGGAAUUUUUAUUUCAAAAGUUGAUAAGAGAUCGAAGGCUGAGGAUGUCGGUUUAAAACGUGGCGAUCAAAUUUUGGAAGUGAACGGGCAAAGCUUUGAACAUGUUAAUCAUGCCAAAGCAUUGGAAAUUUUAAGGAGUUCGACUCAUCUCAGUAUCACCGUAAAAUCUAAUCUUCUUGCUUUCAAAGAAAUGCUCCAAAUGCCGGAUAAUUCUCCAAGGCCAAGAGGAAGGGCAAAUAAGCCAGAAAUUCCUAGACUUCAAUCUGAUCCACGCGCAAGACUCUCUACUCAUGUUGAUCCUAUAACUCCAGUAAAUCCCUUGAAUCCUUUAGUAGGUGGAGUACAUCUCUUAAUAGCAGAUAGUAAUGUUUCUCCUUGUAAGGAUGCUAAAAAGGAGCAUAAAGGAUUUAUGACUCUUGGACCUAAACGGAGAUUACAAAAAGCACUUAUGAAAAUGAAUAUACUGCCAAAGAAUACAAUCAACGAUGGUGUGCACUUAGAUGAUCCUCUCGCUCCACCACAUACACCGCCAGGAACGUGCGGUUCACAAACUACAACUAAUCUAUAUCAUUCGAAAAGUAAUCCUGAUCUUACAUCAUUAUAUUGUUACGAUGAUCUUAGAGCACCAGAUUAUCCGGAACACGUAUUAAAGGUUUACAAGGCUGAUCAAACUUGUAAAUAUCUUCUCAUUCACAAAGAGACAACGGCGCAUGAGGUGGUAAUGCUCGCGCUACAGGAGUUUGGUAUCACCGAAAGUAGUUCGAAUUUCUCUUUGGCGGAAGUAAGUGUUGGUGAAGGUGGGAUGAUCAAGCAGCGAAGAUUACCAGAACAGCUGCAAAAUCUUGCAGAAAGAAUCGGUUUAAGUUCGCGUUAUUAUUUAAAGACUAACGGUAUAUCAGAAACUUUAGUAGCGGACGAACAGGCGCCUGAACUUAUACGUGAAUCUCAAGUACAUUUUCUACAAUUAAAUGCUGUAGAGGUAGCCAUCCAAUUAACUCUACAGGAUUUUAGUAUAUUUAGACAAAUUGAAUCUACAGAAUAUGUGGACGAUUUAUUUGAAUUAAAGAGCAGGUACGGAAUACCAAUGCUCAGUCAGUUCGCGGAGCUAGUCAAUAGAGAAAUGUUUUGGGUCGUUACGGAAGUUUGUUCCGAGCACAAUCUUGUACGCCGUAGCAAGAUUAUAAAACAAUUUAUAAAAAUAGCUCGACAAUGCAAAGAGUGUAAAAAUUUUAAUUCUAUGUUCGCAAUUGUAUCUGGUCUUGGUCAUGGCGCGGUGUCGAGGUUGAGAGCAUCUUGGGAAAAACUGCCAAGUAAAUAUCAGAGAUUAUUCAGUGAUUUACAAGAGUUAAUGGAUCCUAGUCGUAACAUGAGUAAAUAUCGUCAACUAGUAGCGUCCGAACAAACGCAACCACCGAUCAUACCCUUCUAUCCUGUAGUCAAAAAAGAUUUGACCUUUAUUCAUCUGGGUAACGAUUCUAGAGUAGAAGGUUUAGUGAAUUUCGAAAAGCUCAGAAUGAUCGCUAAAGAGGUCAGAACAUUGACGAAUAUGUGUUCGUCUCCGUACGAUCUAUUGACCAUGUUGGAAAGAGGUGGACAACCACCGAGUUCCGCGAUGGUAGCAUUGAAUCAAAUGACAACGGGUAAUCAAGGUGGUCAAACGGCAACGGUUAAAAGACGUAAGAAAUCGGCAGCGGCACCAAAUCCGAAGAAAAUGUUCGAAGAAGCACAAAUGGUACGAAGAGUAAAGGCAUAUCUUGCUAAUAUGAAAGUUAUUACCGACGAGGAACGAUUGCACGCACUUUCCGUCGAUUGCGAACCUCAUGCCGGUGCUGUCGCCAUUGCUGCAGCGGUACCACUCACUGGAAGUCGAGGGAGAAGGCAUCCUUCUCCCACGCUUUCAACUACGAGUAGUGCCAGUAGCACGAGCGAGGGAAGAAAGAGCAUACAAGGUACAAAGUUCGGAGCUGCCUCACCUCAGGCAGUAAGGAAGAUGUUGGCUCUUUCAGAUCCUCACAAAACUCGACCGUAUCAACCUAAACAUUGUCCACCACCCCUUCCAGUACCUGGAUUGGCAUUGCACUCUAGUGGACUUGAACCAAGUCCUGGUGCACCGAGAAGAGUUGGUUCUGGUAGUAGAGUUCCGAUGCACGAAAGAUCGCACAGUGAUACACCUUCGAGUUUACCACCACCGGUUGAUCUCAGUGCCGAGAGUAGCAGUGUCACAAGUCUGAGUAAUCUUCAACCAUUACGGAAAACUUUAACGAGCGGUUCAGUGACGAGCAGUGAUAGCGGUCACAGUACUCAACUGGACAGUCAUAGUGGAAGCAGCGUAGAGGCAGGUGGCAGUCCGCCACCACCGCAAAGACGGCAUUCCGCCAUGCAAGGGUCAAUUAUGAGAGGUGGUGCUCCACCGUUUCCUCACGCUGUAGCAGUGUUACCUCCGCUUCCUGCCAACCACAACCAGAAUCACAACCACAAUCAUCAUCAUCACCAACAUUAUCACGAUCAUCACCAUCACGAACCCCAAACCCCUCAAGGUUCCGGUCUGGCCGGAGUCCAGGGCCCACCAAGCGCAGGGACAACGACCAUUAUGACGAACCUUACAUCCAUGACGACGAUGACGUCGAACGCGUCGAUGAGAGCCGGCCUGGCCGGCAUGGGUGGUAGUCAGUGCCGCCAACCACCGGCUUACAAAGUCGCAGCGCAGAUGGCAAGAUUACACAGGCUCGGCCGUGCUCACAGCCACGAAGGAGUUACUUAUCGGACCGAUCACGAAGAUGAUGACGAGGACGCCCAAGUGUCGGCGGUAUAAACAAUCGACGAGCAUGCCGAGCAACGAGACCCGGCCGUCCCAUAGUUAAUUUUCUUAAUGCUGAUUUCCUUUCGUCGGGGAUCGAAAAGUCGAGAAAUACGAGAAACGUUCUCAAUAAACGUUUCGUAAAGAACGAAUUAGGAGAGACAUGGCGAAGUUCGAAAUUGCACGGGAGCGGCGCAACUUCGUAAACAUUUUGUCUUUUGCCACGUAGAUCUUCAAUCGAUCAUUAUUAUCGACGGACGAGGAAAGAUGCAGCAUCAAGUCCGAAGUUAGCAACGAGCUCGAUCGUGCGAGAUGGAUACUAAUAAUUGAAUCUCAAGAUACGUUUGAAUUCUUCCUCUUUCUCUGUUUUUUUUUUCUUUUUUUCUUUUUUUUUUUGCCCUUAAAAUAGAUUGAAAGUUAAAGAGAGAGAGAGAGAGGGAGAGAGAGAGAGAGAGAGAGAGAGAGAGAGAGGAGAGAUAGAGAGAAAGAGAAAGAGAGAGAGAAGAAAAUUAAAGGAAGAAAAAUGAAAGCACGAUGACUUUCGUUGAGCAGUGCAAAGCGCUCGUCUUCCACAAGUGAAAAAAAAAAGAAAGAAGAAAAAAAAAUGACGAGGAAAUUUGUUCUGAUGAAUAGAAGACAAAGAAAGAAUGAAUGAAUAAAUGAAUGGAAGGAUGGAUGAAUGAAUGAAUGAAUGGAUGAAUGAAUGAAUGAAUGAAAGAAAGAGAAAGGGAACAGUGCGAAAAUCGCUAAAAGAAGAGAGAAAUGCGGGUAAGUCGUACUCCGCGAUAUGCGAAAUCGUGUGAACGUAAGCUGGCGAAACACUUUAGCAUGGAUUACUUUCUCUUUCUUUUGCUCCUUUCAUUUUGUUUUGCUUUUCACGUUGAAAUACGAAAAGGAUAAGGAAAGCUUCAUCGUCGGGCCGUCGUCGGUAAGCUCUCGACACGAAUCGAUGAGAGAAAAGAAAGGAAGAAAAGAAAAGAAACAAAAAAAAUGAAAAUGAAAAUGAAAAUGAAAAUGAAAAGAAGAGAAGAGCGAUUAUAAGUAAUAUUCUAUAUAAAUGUGUAAUAAAUCGAGUCCAAAGAUGUUAUAUAUAUAUAACGCGUAUCGCCGAUGAUAAUACGAAAGAGACGGCGUAUCCUGUAUUAUAAUACUUUGUAGGAUAGCUUUUAAAGAGUAUACUUCCUUCCCUUUUGACUUGCCCAUGAACCUUCUCUGGCGGUCGAUCCCAACCCCCAUCUCCUUUCAUCUACUUUCAACCCCUCAUCCCACCCCACCCCACCUUACCCCACCCCCACUCUCAUUCUUCCCUCAUCUUUAAAUA